AAACCGUAACAUUCCAAAAUGGCGGCGAAAUGUGACCUGUCUUCUUUGCCGGUCAUUCCUUUGGCGAAUAUCUUCUCUUUUUUGGACAAAAAAGACUUGGCACGGUGCAGUCAGGUUUGCCCUCGGUUCAAUCAAGUCGCAUCUGGCCUCCCUGCUUGGAAACGAUGGUGUAAAGAAGUUUGGCUGCUUGAAGAAUGCCCUCAAGGCAGAUCGUGGAAGCAGUUGUUCGCAGAAUGGAAGACGAACUGGGGUCGAUACGAGUCGUGUUUCGCCUCCAUUAAACGGGCGUGGAACAUUAUUGAAGAGUUUACCAAGCUUCACUGCCCGGAAAUUUUUACCUCAUUGAAUGAUGGGCUCACGGAGGAAGAAAUUGAUACAACAGAAUUAGGAAGGCUUAAUGGUAUUAGUUGAAUUUUCUAUUAACUGAAAUUGUCAUUGUUGAGUUUCCAAUUUUUUUAUGUCCCUUUUUUUGUCAAAGAAAUCACUUCUUGGUAGUACCUGUCAUAUCUCAAUUCAAUUCAAUUUUAUUUUUCACACUUAAUAAAAUAUUCACAUUAUAUAUAGUAAGGUAGGAAUACACUAAUAAAGGAGAAGAAGAAGGAAAAAAAGAAAAUUAAUUGCUUGGGUAGAAGUGUACGGUGGUCAGAGGAGCUUAGCUUUCGAGCUAACCACCGCUAUAUUAUGAUUGGAAAUACAUAAUAAAUGUGCGCUUGGUGCCAUGGCAACUAUGGACGAUUAUGCCAGCAGUCAGGUUAUGUGAGACAGUCAUAUUACAAUUGUUACCUUUGAGAGUUAACUAGAGUUCACCUAUAUUCUUUUUUGAACUCAUGGUAGCUAAGUGUUUUUAUCUUAGUAGGAAUCUCGUCCCAAAUUUCGGUUAUGGCAAACUUAAAUGUGUGUUUGCUGUAAUUUGACCUUACACGUGGUACAUGAAAGUUAAGAUUUGAGGCAUAUCUGGUAUUGUGUGAGUGAAUAUCAGCAAGCCAGGUCAGGGUUAUUUUCAUCAAAGAACUACUCGGCGUGGGAAAUUUUUCCAUUUUUGAAUUUUCUAUUAACUGGAAUUGUCAUUGUUGAAUUUCCCUUUUAAAAAGGUUUGAAGAAAUCACUCCUUGGUAACAGUACCUCAUAACAAGCCACCCAAAAUUAUUUUAUUCUGUAGGCUGUAAGCUUCCAACAGACCUAAGAUGCUCACUUCGUAUCCACAAUGGACAGCGCCUUGUCAGUCCAGGUCUGAUUGGUUCCAUGGCGAUAUCAAACCACUAUCAAAGUGAAUCUCUUCUAGAGCUCAAUGUGGCAUCAAGCGGUCUUCAGCGAAGAGAUGGUCUACGCAACUGUAUUCCAGUUUCUUUCUGUGUGAAUACUGGAAAUGGACAAUUCAUGGCUCUUACAAAUGAAGAAGGACAUAAUCCUGGAGAAAUCUUUUGGCCAAGCCCUGACCGCACUGUUGACAAUUUUGAUAUUGCUCCUAUGCGGAUGCACCAUUUUCUUGGUGGGAGCAAUUUUGCGGAAUGGCUCGUUACCUAUGCAGACCAGUUGUCAAGGAACUGUUACCCCAUUAUUAACAAUGAAAUCUAUAAGUUUCUGUUUUCUGCCAGAACUACCACACAGGGAAUCACCGUCACCACAACCACUGCAUUUCUCCCGGAACUAAGCAGUGUGAAACCUCCACUGUUCUUCUUUACCUAUCGCAUCUCCAUAUCAAUGGAGCCCGAGUGCUCUGUGGUGAGUGUCAAGGACAGUGGCAUCUGUUGUUACUGUGCAUUAUUAUGCAAAUGUUUUUUAAAGCAUCUUAAAGUCUCAAGACAUUCCCUAACUAGAUGUAAAGGUUUUUUUGGCAGUUUAUGAAUACAGUGCAAACAUGAUAUUUCUUUUUUGGGUUUAACUAGUUGAACUCAACAAAUUGUCCUGCUCCCAAUGUAUGGGUCUUCAUAGCUCAGUUGCUAGAGCAUCAACUGGUCUGAAGUAGGGUAUGGUUUGUGCACUCUAGUCUUGAAUUGGGUAUGUUUUUUUAGAAGAAGUACUUCUUCUUCAUUAGAUGAUAAGGCCAUUUCCCGUUUAAUGUUUACGCCAACCAUAUAUGUGCCAUAACAGUUUGUCAUGAGCAGAUUGUUUUAAGGGUCAGGUCUGAAAUAGGGUAUCAGAUUUUUGACCAGGUCUGAAAUAGGGUAGGGAAAAACACAGAUUUUGGUCUGAAAUGGGGUAGGGGUUUCAAAAAAGCAUGCUGCACACCCCCUUCCUCCCCCCCCAGGGUAGAGCACUGCAGUGCUAACGCAGAGGCCAUGAGUUUGAAUCCCAUUGAAUUCCCGAAAUUGUUUUGGAUUUAAUUUGCAAUUGCUUAAAUUGCAAUUACCACUGCGAUGAUCACAUCUUCAUUUAAACAUAAUAUUACAUAGAACCUUUACAGUAUGCUUAUAAAGGUCUUGUUUUCUAGAAGAAAACAGAAUGCCAUUCAUUAUGCUGGGGUUUUGUUAUAUGCGCUUUGUUGCAUUGAGGUAUCACUGCAUAUGAGAUUUAAGUAGAUUUAACAAUAUUGCCUAGAAAUUUCUAAAGCCCAGGAAAGUCUAAACAUUUGUGGAUAUUCGUUACCACGAGAUGUUGGUAAUAAAAUGUGAAAAAGAACAUGUGCUUGGUUAUAAAGCAAUGGAAAAUAUGUAGUAUUACAUGGUUAUAACAUGGUGUGAACUGUAACUAAAAGUAGUACAACAGAGACAAUGGUCUAUAUUAUUCUUGAUUUUUGCCUGCAUAACAUUUUUAGCUGGUCAAAGUAACCUGUCAACUGCAAACACUCAUCUGGAGUGGUUUGCCCCUUAAGUAUUUUUUUAAAAAUAUCAGAGUGUAGUAUUGACCAUUUACUACUUUGGUUUCUCUACCUUUCAGAUGGACAAAUGUCAACUGACAACUCGACACUGGUACAUUACUGAUGCUAAUGGAGUCAAAGAAGAGGUUCAUGGCGAUGGAGUUGUAGGUGAAUUUCCUGUGAUGUACCCUGGGGCCCUUCAUGAGUACAUAAGUUGUACCACAUUUUCUACCCCAACAGGGCUCAUGGAGGGGCAUUAUGUGUUUAAAUAUCUGAAUAAAAAGGGCACAUUUAAUGUCAAGAUUCCACCUUUGAAUUUCAAGAGCCUUCCUUUUGUAGUUGAAGAGAAGAGGAUUUCAAACUUGUCUGAGAGUAGAUGUGAAGGAAACAGCACCAGUUCAGGCUCAGAUGACUAA